CGGGGCAACGGGAGGACGCUGAGCGCGGCGCCGCUCGAAGGCCCCGCAGCGAGCCGCGGCCUUUCCUGGUCGCGGUGCCCGGGGCCGGGCCGCUGUGCGGCGGGAAGCGAGCAUGGCUCAGAGCGGGGUGCUGCUGACCAGGGAGCCGGCGCCGCAGGCGGUGCCGGUGUCCGAGCUGCCCGUGAAGGCGUACGAGGCGGCGCUGAACACGGGGCCGGACUCCUCGUGCGGCCUGGCCACGGCCGGCUUCCGCGCCGCCAAGUACCUGACCGAGGAGUGGCACCAGCACAACUACGCCCAGUACCACCAGGCCUUCGCCGACCGCGACGGCUCCGAGCGCUGCCGCCACGAGUCCCAGAGCCUGGCCGCCUACGCCGCCGCCCUGGCCCAGCGCAGCCAGGAGGACUCCACCGCCAAGCUGGGCCAGCGCCUCCAGGACACGCACUUCUGGAAGGCCGAGCUCCAGAGAGAGACCGAGGACCUGAGCGCCGAGACCGACCUGCUGGCGGCCCAGAAAGUGCGGCUGGAGCGGGCGCUGGACGCCACCGAGGUGCCCUGCACCAUCGCCACCGACAACCUGCAGUGCCGCGAGAGGAGGCAGCCGGGGGACCUGGUUCGGGACCAGGUGGAGACGGAGCUGCUGAAGGAAGUUGAACUUAUCAGAAAUGUACAAGAACUUCUGAAGAGAACUUUGAUGCAAGCUGUUAACCAGAUGCAAUUAAAUCGAGAUCACAAGCAGAUUUGUGAAAUGGAUUGGUCUGAUAAGGUGGAAACAUACAACAUUGAUGACAAAUGUGGAAGAUACAAUAAUCAGAGCACCAACAUCCAGUUCCAUCCCAGCUCAUCAAAGUUUGAGGAAAGUGCCUCAACACCUGAAACCUGGGCAAAAUUCAGCCAUGACAACAUCUAUAGGGCAGAGCGAGAGCGACUGGCUUCCAUCAACCUCCGUUUAUUGAUUGACAAUAUCCUUCAUGACACAGCUGAGGAUCUCCACUUGCAGUGCGCUGCUGUCAAUGAGGCUUUUGCUAAACGCUGUGAAGAGAUGGAAGAUGCAAAACACAAACUGGAACAUCAUUUGAAAAAAACUCUUAAAGAGAUUGGAGAUCAAGAAAACAACAUUGCUGCUCUCAAACAAGCUAUUAAGGACAAAGAAGCUCCGCUGAAAGUGGCUCAGACAAGGCUGUACGACAGAUCUUUUAGGCCCAACGUUGAGCUCUGCAGAGAUCCAGCACAAUUCAGGUUGAUCAGUGAAGUUGAAGAACUGACAGAGUCCAUUGAGUCUCUGAAGCAGAAACUACUGGAGGCUGAACAGUCUCUGAGGAACCUGGAAGACACGCGGAUGAGUCUGGAGAAGGAGAUAGCUGUGAAAUCGAACAGCAUUUUUAUUGAUAGGCAGAAGUGCAUGGCCCAUCGCACGCGAUACCCUGUUGUCCUUAAACUAGCAGGUUACCAGUAGCAAUACUCUCUGUAUUAAUGAUGUGAAGAUUGGUAGAAAAUCUUAACCAAAGAUAUUUAAUUUUAUAAUAAGUGUGUAAUAUUAUAGUCAAUAAGAAACAUAAUUGGCUGUUAAUUUCCUUUAUUUAAAUAAAAAUGCAUAAGCAUAA